CCCUCUAACGGCGGUGGGGACUGUCCCGGGGUGAAUUAUGAGUUCCAGCUAUGUAACACCGAGGACUGCCCCAAACACUUUGAGGACUUCAGGGCCCAGCAGUGCCAGCUACGCAACUCCCACUUUGAGUUCCAGAACACCAAACACCACUGGCUGCCCUAUGAGCACCCUGACUGUGAGUAGUGUGUACUCUUAGAAAAAAGGUUUCUUCAGCUGUCCCCAUAGGAUAACCCUUUCUGUUUCCAGGUAGAACCUUUUUCACAGAACCGAAAAGGGUUCUUCAAAGGGUUCUCCAAUGGGGACAGCUGAAUAACCCGUUUAGGUUUUAGAUAGCACCUUUUUUUCUAAGAGUGUAUGUGUGUGUUUGUUGUGUGUGUUUUUCAUGGAGCACCACUGUGCCUCAUCGUGCCCUGUUAGCCAGCCAUGGAGCACCACUGUGCCUCAUCGUGCCCUAUUAGCCAGCCAUGGAGCACCACUGUGCCUCAUCGUGCCCUGUUAGCCAGCCAUGGAGCACCACUGUGCCUCAUCGUGCCCUGUUAGCCAGCCAUGGAGCACCACUGUGCCUCAUCGUGCCCUAUUAGCCAGCCAUGGAGCACCACUGUGCCUCAUCGUGCCCUGUUAGCCAGCCAUGGAGCACCACUGUGCCUCAUCGUGCCCUAUUAGCCAGCCAUGGAGCACCACUGUGCCUCAUCGUGCCCUGUUAGCCAGCCAUGGAGCACCACUGUGCCUCAUCGUGCCCUGUUAGCCAGCCAUGGAGCACCACUGUGCCUCAUCGUGCCCUAUUAGCCAGCCAUGGAGCACCACUGUGCCUCAUCGUGCCCUGUUAGCCAGCCAUGGAGCACCACUGUGCCUCAUCGUGCCCUGUUAGCCAGCCAUGGAGCACCACUGUGCCUCAUCGUGCCCUAUUAGCCAGCCAUGGAGCACCACUGUGCCUCAUCGUGCCCUGUUAGCCAGCCAUGGAGCACCACUGUGCCUCAUCGUGCCCUGUUAGCCAGCCAUGGAGCACCACUGUGCCUCAUCGUGCCCUGUUAGCCAGCCAUGGAGCACCACUGUGCCUCAUCGUGCCCUGUUAGCCAGCCAUGGAGCACCACUGUGCCUCCUGAAAACACCUCUUUCCACAGAGCUGUGUGUGGUGGGGGGGGGUGCUUGCAUCAAAUCAAAUCAGUGCAGUAGUAUCUAACAAUUCACAACAAUACACACAAAUCUAAAAGUAAAAUAAUGGAAUUAAGAAAUAUAUAAAUAUUAGGACGAGCAAUGUCGGAGUGGCAUUGACUAGAAUACAGUAGAAAAGAAUACAGUAUAUGCAUAUGAGAUGAGUAAAGCAGUAUGUAAAAAUUAUUAAAGUGACUAGUGUUCCAUUAUUAAAGUGGCCAGUGAUUCCAUGUCUAUGUAUAUAGGGCAGCAGCCUCUAAGGUGUAGGGUUGAAUAACCGGGUGUUAGCUGGCUAGUGACAGUGACUAAGUUCAAGGCAGGGUACUGGGUGGAUGCCGGCUAGUGACAGUGACUAAGUUCAGGGCAGGGUACUGGGUGGAUGCCGGCUAGUGACAGUGACUAAGUUCAGGGCAGGGUACUGGGUGGAUGCCGGCUAGUGACAGUGACUAAGUUCAGGGCAGGGUACUGGGUGGAGGCCGGCUAGUGACAGUGACUAAGUUCAGGGCAGGGUACUGGGUGGAGGCCGGCUAGUGACAGUGACUAAGUUCAGGGCAGGGUACUGGGUGGAGGCCGGCUAGUGACAGUGACUAAGUUCAGGGCAGGGUACUGGGUGGUAGCCGGCUAGUGACAGUGACUAAGUUCAGGGCAGGGUACUGGGCGGAGGCCGGCUAGUGACAGUGACUAAGUUCAGGGCAGGGUACUGGGUGGUAGCCGGCUAGUGACAGUGACUAAGUUCAGGGCAGGGUACUGGGAGGAGGCCGGCUAGUGACAGUGACUAAGUUCAGGGCAGGGUACUGGGUGGAGGCCGGCUAGUGACAGUGACUAAGUUCAGGGCAGGGUACUGGGUGGAUGCCGGCUAGUGACAGUGACUAAGUUCAGGGCAGGGUACUGGGUGGAUGCCGGCUAGUGACAGUGACUAAGUUCAGGGCCUCACCCCCAUAAUCAUCCCUCUGGCUAGCUUGGGUUUGUCCUCACCCACCGUAAUCAUCCCUCUGGCUAGCUUGGGUUUGUCCUCACCCCCAGUAAUCAUUCCUCUGGCUAGCUUGGGUUUGUCCUCACCCCCCAUAAUCAUCCCUCUGGCUAGCUUGGGUUUGUACUCACCCCCAUAAUCAUCCCUCUGGCUAGCUUGGGUUUGUACUCACCCCCAAUAAUCAUCCCUCUGGCUAGCUUGGGUUUAUCCUCACCCCCCAUAAUCAUCCCUCUGGCUAGCUUGGGUUUGUACUCACCCCCCAUAAUCAUCCCUCUUGCUAGCUUGGGUUUGUACUCACCCCCCAUAAUCAUCCCUCUUGCUAGCUUGGGUUUGUACUCACCCCCAAUAAUCAUCCCUCUGGCUAGCUUGGGUUUGUACUCACCCCCAAUAAUCAUCCCUUUGGCUAGCUUGUGUUUGUACUCACCCCCCAUAGUCAUCCCUCUGGCUAGCUUGGGUUUGUCCUCACCCCCAAUAAUCAUCCCUCUGGCUAGCUUGGGUUUGUACUCACUCCCCAUAAUCAUCCCUCUGGCUAGCUUGGGUUUUUACUCACCCCCCAUAGUCAUCCCUCUGGCUAGCUUGGGUUUGUACUCACCCCCAAUAAUCAUCCCUCUGGGUAGCUUGGGUUUGUCCUCACCCCCAGUAAUCAUCCCUCUGGCUAGCUUGGGUUUGUACUCACCCCCCAUAAUCAUCCCUCUGGCUAGCUUGGGUUUGUACUCACCCCCCAUAAUCAUCCCUCUUGCUAGCUUGGGUUUGUACUCACCCCCAAUAAUCAUCCCUCUGGCUAGCUUGGGUUUGUCCUCACCCCCCAUAGUCAUUCCUCUGGCUAGCUUGGGUUUGUCCUCACCCCCAGUAAUCAUCCCUCUGGCUAGCUUGGGUUUGUCCUCACCCCCCAUAGUCAUUCCUCUGGCUAGCUUGGGUUUGUCCUCACCCCCAUAAUCAUCCCUCUGGCUAGCUUGGGUUUGUCCUCACCCCCAGUAAUCAUCCCUCUGGCUAGCUUGGGUUAGUCCUCACCCCCCAUAGUCAUUCCUCUGGCUAGCUUGGGUUUGUCCUCACCCCCAUAAUCAUCCCUCUGACUAGCUUGGGUUUAUCCUCACCCCCAAUAAUCAUCCCUCUGGCUAGCUUGGGUUUGUACUCACCCCCAAUAAUCAUCCCUCUGGCUAGCUUGGGUUUGUCCUCACCCCCCGUAAUCAUCCCUCUGGCUAGCUUGGGUUUGUCCUCACCCCCCCUAGUCAUUCCUCUGGCUAGCUUGGGUUUGUCCUCACCCCCAUAAUCAUCCCUCUGGCUAGCUUGGGUUUGUCCUCACCCCCAGUAAUCAUCCCUCUGGCUAGCUUGGGUUUGUCCUCACCCCCCAUAGUCAUUCCUCUGGCUAGCUUGGGUUUGUCCUCACCCCCAUAAUCAUCCCUCUGGCUAGCUUGGGUUUGUCCUCACCCCCCAUAGUCAUUCCUCUGGCUAGCUUGGGUUUGUCCUCACCCCCAUAAUCAUCCCUCUGGCUAGCUUGGGUUUGUCCUCACCCCCAUAAUCAUCCCUCUGGCUAGCUUGGGUUUGUCCUCACCCCCAGUAAUCAUCCCUCUGGCUAGCUUGGGUUUGUCCUCACCCCCUGUAAUCAUCCCUCUGGCUAGCUUGGGUUUGUACUCACCCCCCAUAAUCAUCCCUCUGGCUAGCUUGGGUUUGUCCUCACCCCCAAUAAUCAUCCCUCUGUCUAGCUUAUGUUUGUCCUCAGCCCCCAUAGUCAUCCCUCUGGCUAGCUUGUGUUUGUACUCACCCCCAGUAAUCAUCCCUCUGGCUAGCUUGGGUUUGUCCUCACCCCCAUAAUCAUCCCUCUGGCUAGCUUGGGUUUGUCCUCACCCCCAGUAAUCAUCCCUCUGGCUAGCUUGGGUUUGUACUCACCCCCCAUAAUCAUCCCUCUGGCUAGCUUGGGUUUGUACUCACCCCCCAUAAUCAUCCCUCUGGCUAGCUUGGGUUUGUCCUCACCCCCAGUAAUCAUCCCUCUGGCUAGCUUGGGUUUGUCCUCACCCCCCAUAGUCAUUCCUCUGGCUAGCUUGGGUUUGUCCUCACCCCCAUAAUCAUCCCUCUGGCUAGCUUGGGUUUGUCCUCACCCCCCAUAGUCAUUCCUCUGGCUAGCUUGGGUUUGUCCUCACCCCCAUAAUCAUCCCUCUGGCUAGCUUGGGUUUGUCCUCACCCCCAUAAUCAUCCCUCUGGCUAGCUUGGGUUUGUCCUCACCCCCAGUAAUCAUCCCUCUGGCUAGCUUGGGUUUGUCCUCACCCCCUGUAAUCAUCCCUCUGGCUAGCUUGGGUUUGUACUCACCCCCCAUAAUCAUCCCUCUGGCUAGCUUGGGUUUGUCCUCACCCCCAAUAAUCAUCCCUCUGUCUAGCUUAUGUUUGUCCUCAGCCCCCAUAGUCAUCCCUCUGGCUAGCUUGUGUUUGUACUCACCCCCAGUAAUCAUCCCUCUGGCUAGCUUGGGUUUGUCCUCACCCCCAUAAUCAUCCCUCUGGCUAGCUUGGGUUUGUCCUCACCCCCAGUAAUCAUCCCUCUGGCUAGCUUGGGUUUGUACUCACCCCCCAUAAUCAUCCCUCUGGCUAGCUUGGGUUUGUCCUCACCCCCAGUAAUCAUCCCUCUAUUUAGCUUGGGUUUAUCCUCACCCCCAAUAAUCAUCCCUCUGGCUAGCUUGGGUUUGUCCUCACCCCCAAUAAUCAUACCUCUGGCUCGCUUGGGUUUAUCCUCACCCCCAAUAAUCAUCCCUCUGGCUAGCUUGGGUUUGUACUCACCCCCAAUAAUCAUCCCUCUGGCUAGCUUGGGUUUGUACUCACCCCCCAUAAUCAUCCCUCUGGCUAGCUUGGGUUUGUACUCACCCCCCAUAAUCAUCCCUCUUGCUAGCUUGGGUUUGUACUCACCCCCAAUAAUCAUCCCUCUGGCUAGCUUGGGUUUGUCCUCACCCCCCAUAGUCAUUCCUCUGGCUAGCUUGGGUUUGUCCUCACCCCCAGUAAUCAUCCCUCUGGCUAGCUUGGGUUUGUCCUCACCCCCCAUAGUCAUUCCUCUGGCUAGCUUGGGUUUGUCCUCACCCCCAUAAUCAUCCCUCUGGCUAGCUUGGGUUUGUCCUCACCCCCAGUAAUCAUCCCUCUGGCUAGCUUGGGUUAGUCCUCACCCCCCAUAGUCAUUCCUCUGGCUAGCCUGGGUUUGUCCUCACCCCCAUAAUCAUCCCUCUGACUAGCUUGGGUUUAUCCUCACCCCCAAUAAUCAUCCCUCUGGCUAGCUUGGGUUUGUACUCACCCCCAAUAAUCAUCCCUCUGGCUAGCUUGGGUUUGUCCUCACCCCCCGUAAUCAUCCCUCUGGCUAGCUUGGGUUUGUCCUCACCCCCCCUAGUCAUUCCUCUGGCUAGCUUGGGUUUGUCCUCACCCCCAUAAUCAUCCCUCUGGCUAGCUUGGGUUUGUCCUCACCCCCAGUAAUCAUCCCUCUGGCUAGCUUGGGUUUGUCCUCACCCCCCAUAGUCAUUCCUCUGGCUAGCUUGGGUUUGUCCUCACCCCCAUAAUCAUCCCUCUGGCUAGCUUGGGUUUGUCCUCACCCCCCAUAGUCAUUCCUCUGGCUAGCUUGGGUUUGUCCUCACCCCCAUAAUCAUCCCUCUGGCUAGCUUGGGUUUGUCCUCACCCCCAUAAUCAUCCCUCUGGCUAGCUUGGGUUUGUCCUCACCCCCAGUAAUCAUCCCUCUGGCUAGCUUGGGUUUGUCCUCACCCCCUGUAAUCAUCCCUCUGGCUAGCUUGGGUUUGUACUCACCCCCCAUAAUCAUCCCUCUGGCUAGCUUGGGUUUGUCCUCACCCCCAAUAAUCAUCCCUCUGUCUAGCUUAUGUUUGUCCUCAGCCCCCAUAGUCAUCCCUCUGGCUAGCUUGUGUUUGUACUCACCCCCAGUAAUCAUCCCUCUGGCUAGCUUGGGUUUGUCCUCACCCCCAUAAUCAUCCCUCUGGCUAGCUUGGGUUUGUCCUCACCCCCAGUAAUCAUCCCUCUGGCUAGCUUGGGUUUGUACUCACCCCCCAUAAUCAUCCCUCUGUCUAGCUUGGGUUUGUCCUCACCCCCAGUAAUCAUCCCUCUAUUUAGCUUGGGUUUAUCCUCACCCCCAAUAAUCAUCCCUCUGGCUAGCUUGGGUUUGUACUCACCCCCAGUAAUCAUCCCUCUGGCUAGCUUGGGUUUGUACUCACCCCCCAUAAUCAUCCCUCUGGCUAGCUUGGGUUUGUCCUCACCCCCAGUAAUCAUCCCUCUAUUUAGCUUGGGUUUAUCCUCACCCCCAAUAAUCAUCCCUCUGGCUAGCUUGGGUUUGUCCUCACCCCCAAUAAUCAUACCUCUGGCUCGCUUGGGUUUAUCCUCACCCCCAAUAAUCAUCCCUCUGGCUAGCUUGGGUUUGUACUCACCCCCAAUAAUCAUCCCUCUGGCUAGCUUGGGUUUGUCCUCACCCCCCGUAAUCAUCCCUCUGGCUAGCUUGGGUUUGUCCUCACCCCCCGUAAUCAUCCCUCUGGCUAGCUUGGGUUUGUCCUCACCCCCCAUAAUCAUCCCUCUGGCUAGCUUGGGUUUGUCCUCACCCCCCAUAAUCAUCCCUCUGGCUAGCUUGGGUUUGUCCUCACCCCCCAUAGUCAUUCCUCUGGCUAGCUUGGGUUUGUCCUCACCCCCAGUAAUCAUCCCUCUGGCUAGCUUGGGUUUGUCCUCACCCCCCGUAAUCAUCCCUCUGGCUAGCUUGGGUUUAUCCCCACCCCCCGUAAUCAUCCCUCUGGCUAGCUUGGGUUUGUCCUCACCCCCAGUAAUCAUUUCUCUGGCUAGCUUGGGUUUGUACUCUCCCCCCAUAAUCAUCCCUCUGGCUAGCUUGGGUUUGUACUCACCCCCCAUAAUCAUCCCUCUGGCUAGCUUGGGUUUAUCCUCACCCCCCGUAAUCAUCCCUCUGGCUAGCUUGGGUUUGUCCUCACCCCCAUAAUCAUCCCUCUGUCUAGCUUGGGUUUGUCCUCACCCCCAGUAAUCAUCCCUCUGGCUAGCUUGGGUUUGUCCUCACCCCCAUAAUCAUCCCUCUGUCUAGCUUGGGUUUGUCCUCACCCCCAGUAAUCAUUCCUCUGGCUAGCUUGGGUUUGACAGUGUGUUAUUUAGCUGCUAUUUACUUCAUAAUUAUCUCCAUGAUAAACUCCAAUGGACAGCCUAAAUGACUUCUAAAUGACCUGAUCAAGUUUUAAAUGCUCAAUGAUUAGCCACUACCUUCGAUAUCUUUGGUUUAAUGAAACAACUAUUCAAGUAAACAGUUGGACCAAGGACAUACCAUCUAAAAUACAAUAUACCUGUACUGACAUUGUUUUUAUUGCGGUGUUUCAACCAAUAUGAUACCUGUACUGUGUAUCAGCCAAUUAGAGACCUGUACUGUGUAUCAGCCAAUAACAGACAUAUUGUGUUUCAGCCAAUAAGAGGUGUCAGCUGUACUGUGUUUCAGCCAAUAAGAGGUGUCAGCUGUACUGCGUUUCAGCCAAUAAGAGGUGUCAGCUGUACUGCGUUUCAGCCAAUAAGAGGUGUCAGCUGUACUGUGUUUCAGCCAAUAAGAGGUGUCAGCUGUACUGUGUUUCAGCCAAUAAGAGUUGUCAGCUGUACUGUGUUUCAGCCAAUAAGGGUUGUCAGCUGUACUGUGUUUCAGCCAAUAAGAGGUGUCAGCUGUACUGUGUUUCAGCCAAUAAGAGGUGUCAGCUGUACUGUGUUUCAGCCAAUAAGAGGUGUCAGCUGUACUGUGUUUCAGCCAAUAAGAGGUGUCAGCUGUACUGUGUUUCAGCCAAUAAGAGGUGUCAGCUGUACUGUGUUUCAGCCAAUAAGAGGUGUCAGCUGUACUGUGUUUCAGCCAAUAAGAGGUGUCAGCUGUACUGUGUUUCAGCCAAUAAGAGGUGUCAGCUAUACUGUGUUUCAGCCAAUACGUUUUUUUAUUUUUUUGUUUCACCUUUAUUUAACCAGGUAAGCCAGUUGAGAACAAGUUCUCAUUUACAACUGCGACCUGGCCAAGAUAAAGCAAAGCAGUGCGGUAAAAAACAACAACACAGAGUUACAUAUGGGGUAAAGAAAACAUAAAGUCAAAAAUACAACAGAAAAUAUAUAUACAGUGUGUGCAAAUGUAGCAAGUUAUGGAGGUAAGGCAAUAAAUAGGCCAUAGUGCAAAAUAAUUACUAUUUAGUAUUAACACUGGAAUGAUAGAUGUGCAAGAGAUGAAGUGCAAAUAGAGAUACUGGGGUGCAAAUGAGCAAAAUAAAUAACAAUAUGGGGAUGAGGUAGUUGGGUGGGCUAAUUUCAGAUGGGCUGUGUACAGGUGCAGUGAUCGGUAAGGUGCUCUGACAACUGAUGCUUAAAGUUAGUGAGGGAGAUAAGAGUCUCCAGCUUCAGAGAUUUUUGCAAUUCGUUCCAGUCAUUGGCAGCAGAGAACUGGAAGGAAUGGCGGCCAAAGGAGGUGUUGGCUUUGGGAAUGACCAGUGAGAUAUACCUGCUGGAGCGCAUACUACGGAUGGGUGUUGCUAUGGUAACCAAUGAGCUAAGAUAAGGCGGGAAUUUGCCUAUCAGUGAUUUAUAGAUGGCCUGGAGCCAGUGGGUUUGGCAACGAAUAUGUAGUGAGGACCAGCCAACAAGAGUGUACAGGUCACAGUGGUGGGUAGUAUAUGGGGCUUUGGUGACAAAAUGGAUGGCACUGUGAUAGACUACAUCCAAUUUGCUGAGUAGAGUGUUGGGGGCUAUUUUGUAAUUGACAUCGCCGAAGUCAAUAAGAGGUGUCAGCUGUACUGUGUUUCAGCCAAUAAGAGGUGCCACCUGUACUGUGUUUCAGCCAAUAAGAGGUGCCACCUGUACUGCCAGUCGAAGGAGACCGCUGACGUGGCGUACAUGAAGCAGCUGGUGCAUGAUGGGACACGCUGCUCCUACAAAGACCCCUACAGCAUCUGUGUCAGAGGAGAGUGUGUGGUGAGUAACCUAACGUUACCUAACCUAACGUUACCUAACCUAACCCUAACGUUACCUAACCUAAACCAACCUAACGUUACCUAACCCAACGUAACCUAACGUUACCUAAUCUUAACAUAACCUAACCCAACUGUGUCAGGGGAGAAUGUUAGGUGAGUAACCUAACCUUAACCUAACCCAACCUUAACCCUACAGCAUCUGUCAGGGGAGAGUGUGUUUUGAGAAACAAACAUAAUGUUAGCAUUGACAGUGAAUGUUCUAAAAUAUUAAAUCUCAAAAAGGUUAUGGGUAAAAAGUAGCAGACUUUCAGAUAUUAAUGUUGGAGAUAAAAUUAUAUAUUUGAAGUGAAAGAACCAGCUUAAUGUCUCUCCUUCAGAAUUAGUCUGUCUCUGCACUGAAUGUCAUGUUUUGCAACUAGCUAAUGGUCAAGGGUUUAAACUACAGCUUUAGCCUUGUUACAAAUAUCACUCCUGAUUCCCAAAAACAGACUUGACGAGUCUUGCUUUUCUGUGUGGUUCUGUCUUCCAGAAAGUGGGCUGCGACAAAGAGAUUGGUUCCAACAAGGUCGACGAUAAGUGUGGAGUGUGUGGUGGGGACAAUUCUCACUGUCGCACCGUCAAGGGAACCUUCACACGCACCCCCAAGAAA